AUGAACAAGCGCGCCAGUUUGAAAAGUGAGCAAGAGCUCAGAGAUCAAAUUCUGAGCAUUGCUUCACUCGGCCAAGUCGCCAUGGCCAUGGCACUCGGAGUUGAACUCAAGCUUUUUGAGGCAAUGGCCACUGUUUGCAAAGCCUCUCCGAAACACUCUGCCACCGUUGCCGAAGUCGCGGCUCAGGCAGCUUGCAAGGAACGCUACAUCUACGAAUGGAUGGCGGCCAUGACCUGUGGCAAUCUCAUUGAUGUUGACCCCAGCGGUCAGCAUUUCUCAAUGAGGCCUGAACACAUCCCGGUCUGGAUUGGGGGAGAAGGGCAGUUACCAGAGCAUUCCCUCCACGUCAUUGACUUCUUGCCAGGCUUUGGAGGGGCUUUCAAUAAAGUGAAAGAAGCGUUCCGUUUGGACGGCCCACCAGGUGUACCUUACAGUGCCUAUGAAGACACCUUUUACACUGUCAUGGCAGCUUGGUCCCGCACAAUCCAUGAUGGGGAACUCUGCUCAGGUUACAUGGAAUUGAUCGGGGCACUGGAGCUUCUACAGAAAGGAGUGAAUGUUCUCGAAGCAGGCUGCGGAGCAGGCUUCCAUAUUGAGAAGAUGGCUCGAACUUUCCCCAACAGCCACUUCACUGGAAUUGAUCUAACUCAAUCUGCUAUCAACACUGCGACUACCCGCUGCGAGGGGCUCCCUAACGUGAAACUCAUUUGUGGGAACGCUAGCCACCUUGAUAAGAAAUGGACAGAACACUUCGAUGUGGUGUUCUUCAUCGAUUCGUGCCACGAUAUGUGCAGGCCAGACUUGGCUAUCAACGAAGUCCAACGAGUUCUUAAGCCAGGUGGCUUGUUCUCCAUGAUUGAGUGGCCCAAUGGCAAUGGAAACGUCUACGAAGAUCGUAAGAAAUACGGAAGUGCUGUGUCCGCUCUCUUUUACGCCGCUUCCGCUAUGCACUGCCUCCCAGUCGGUAGCCAUGUCGAGGGGGCCCUCCAGCUCGGGAACAUGAUGGGACAUGGUAGAGGAAGGAAAUUAUUGGAGAUGGGUGGUUUCGCCAAGGAUAAGAUCGAGGUUCUGGAGCCCCCAUUCAUGCCAUAUAAUUGCGUUUAUACUGCUCGAAAAUGA